GUUUCUUAUCGUGAAUUUUAUUUUGUUCUGCAACUUGGAAACUUCACAUACAUUUAUUUCCACUUCACAACUUUGCUUAGUUGCCACUUGCUUAACUAUACUAAGCUGAGGAGAAGAAGGGAUUGGAGAAUAAGAAUUUGUUCCGAGCGCAUCUUGGAUACCCCGACUUCAGCGCGCGCGACCGAUCAUGGACUCCACCACCUCCAACCCUGGUGGCCACCCAAACCAAACCACCACCUCCCAACAAGACCAACAGCCCUCCAUGCCUUCCUCAGACCUCACCUCCAUCCCCGGCCUAGGCGCCAUCCCCGGCCUCGGCUCCGCACCUCCCCCAUCCGCCCCCUCGCAGACCACCUCGAUUUCACACCCCGCCCCCUCCACAGCCGCCACCACCGAAGCCAAGCCAGAGCCACGCGAUGAAGGACCCUCCGUCACAAACGCCCUAGAAGCAAUGCUAGGCGGUCUCUCCCCCGAGUCCUCCACCAGCCCUCUGACAACAGACACCCCCCUCCAAUCCGUCCCCGCCGCGGAGGUGCCAGAGGAUAUAAAGAUGGAAGAUACCAAGAUGGAAGACCCCCACACCUCCCUCCCCCCCGCGCAAAUCCCAGAGGGAGGAGUAGUCACAACAGCAUCCGACGACGCAGCGAUGAUGGAUUACAUCCCCCCCACCAACCCUACCACCGACUCCGCCGCCGCCGAAGACCAAGAAGGCGGCCCCGCAGAAUUCGAAGCCGAUUCCUCACCCUACGAAUCCUCCUCCGACUCUUCAGAUUCCUCCGACUCCUCAGACGAAGAUAGCGAUGACGAAGAUGCAUAUAACCUCCUCUCCCCCGCCGAACAAGCGCGCAUCCUGAUGCUCGGGGACGGCGGCUCCGACGACGAAGGCGGUGGGAAGGGUGGGAAAUCCAGCGGUAAUCAACUACGCACCAAGAACGAGGUUCCUGAGGAGGUGAUUCCCAAGCCGGACGUGGUGUUAGCGGCUGAUACGCCGGUGACGGAGUUGGGGAGCGUGACGUCGAUUGUGGAUACGAUGGUUCUUAUUGCCGCUACGACGUCUGGGGAGUUUAGGGUGUUGGAGUCGGGGUCAUUAUUGUGUCUAGAGGACAGGAGCGUCAUCGGUGUAGUCGCCGAAACCCUCGGACGAGUCCAAGAACCCCUCUACGUCGUCCGCUUCACUUCCCCCCCCGACAUCACCGCCGCGGGUCUCGAAAAGGGAACAAAAAUCUACUACCCCGAAACCCACGCGACAUUCGUCUUCACGGCCGCGCUGAAGGCGUAUAAGGGCUCUGAUGCGUCGAAUUUACAUGAUGAGGAGGUGGGGGAUGAGGAGAUGGAGUUCUCGGAUGAUGAGAAGGAGAUGGAACAUAAACGCCGCGUCAAAGCCAAGAAACUCGAGAAACGCGGUAUCCUCCCAUCCGCUGGUGGGAGGGGAGGAAGGGGAGGGAGAGGAGAACACCCGUUGAGAAAAGAGGGGUUGAGUUAUGACGACGAAGAAGAAGGACCGUAUCGUCCCCUUGCUCGCCCGACAGGAUUCGCAUCCUCAGCUGGUCGUAGUGAAGCACCCGAGGAAUCACCACGGGGUUACAACGCCCCCGCCCCUUCACGUGGUGAUCGCGGCGGGAGGGGGAGAGGCGGUGAUCGUGGACGAGGCGACCGUGGACGUGGAAGAGGUGGACGAGACAGCCAGGGCCGCGAUGGACAGCAAGCACCGCGCUACCCACCCGCCCCAGCAGAUGCACCCCAAGAUCCGCGCAAGAUGGGCGGAGGAUUCGGGUUUAACCCGCAGCAGUUCCCACCACAACCCUUCCCAUUCCAACAAUUUGGACAACAGCAGCCACAAUCCCCAGGUCAAGGUUUCCCGGGUCAGGGACAGCAGCAGCAGCAGUUCCCAUACCCCUACGGCAUGCCACCCCAACCCUGGGGCGGUCCUCAGAUUCCGGGUGGUGCAUUUCUCAACCCCGCUUUCUUCGGCGCGCAACAACAACAGCAGCCACAACAGCAAGGACAGCAACCACAGCAGCAACAACAGUGGACACCACCAACGAACAUGACUCCCCCCAUCCCCGGGCAGUUCGGGGGAUGGACACCACCACCACCACCGCAGAUGGGACAGCAACAGCAGCAGACUCCUGAAGCAGCACGAGCAGUAGCGGAGAUGCAGGAGAGGUUACGUGUGCUACGGGAGGGUGGGCAGCAGGGACAGCAGUAGGGUAUUUGGGUAUACAGUGAACAGGAGGAGGAGGGGUGUAUGAGUAGAACAGAAUUAGAAAGGAG